AUGUCUAUGUCUACAUCAGGACUUUCACCUUGCGCGAAUCUUCGCAAACAGCAAAGCCCCAGUCCCGGCGAUCAAUUACACCGACAAGAGCGAGAACGAUUCAGUCGGCAAGGUAGAUCUAGCCCUUCACCAGUCGGAGACCGACCAAAAUCCGCGGGUAGCUCUAUGACUAGUAUUGGUCGGUUCUACGGACUUGGAGACGAAAAUGCGCUUGAUAACCAGUUUGCUGCAUUUCCGCAAACAUUUUCCAGUCUCCCACAGCCUCAUAGCUCACAAGGCCACCAUGAGCCUGCAUGGGACCUUCGAUCCGAUUAUGAGAUAUAUCUGCAAAAUGACUUCUUCCAUGAAACCAGACGGGUCCUGCGAGUCAGAACUCUCAUACCUGGCCCAGAGUGUGAUUCAUUCGCCUCGGAACCGGAAUCGCACCCAUCCGCCCAGCAACCCCAAACUAGGACAAGAGCCGAGUUCGAAUCCGCGUUGAGUAUAGUGCGAGAGGUUAUCGGCGAAGGCCACAAGUUAACUAUAGAUCUUGCUCGAUCAUACGAACGGGAGCCCAUUGCAUGUACAUCCUUGGUAACUUCCACCUUGUCACUAAAUUUGUAUCUAUUGCUCUAUAUUAUUAUAAGCACACACUCCCUGACAUAUGGUUAG